CAACCCCUCCGAUCCGUUUCAAAGCUACCUUUUCUAAUCGUCGACUAGUAUCACUUAUUUCUCUUCUUUUCUUAUCAUAUCAACUAAUUUCUCGAUUACUUGUUCGCCUGUGCACACAGAUUGAUUCUCACACGCCCACACAAGCAAGCAUCUCUUUCUACUAUACUAUUCUACUACAUUGCGGCUCGAACCGACUCAGAACAAAACAAAAGCUAGCUUUAUCUCUUUUCUAGUCCUGCGCACAACAGUUUCAUUCGAAAACCCCCAAAAGAAACUUUCCCAAAAUGAUCAAAAGAAGUUUCAUCAACACGUUGCCUUUACAGCUAAAAUCAAUAAUUCUGGACGACCCCCAGACCCAGACCUCUUCGAGCUCUGCCAGCAUUUCAACAGCAAAUGAAAAAGUUGACAAAGCAGAGCUCCAACCCCAAUGUCGAGGUGAUGUCGAAACAGACAACUUGACCGACGACCUCACCUCGCAGACAGAAAACCUCGAUAACUCUUCAGACCUCUCUACAAGAUCGCCCUCUAUAUUCUCCUUCGACUCGUCCAUCCUUGACAAUGCAAACGAUAGCAGUCUCGGCAACAACGGUAAUAACAAUAUCAAACUUGAUGUGAAGGCAAAACAAUUUUUAGUCAACAAGUUGUUAGAACAGAAAGGUAUCAUCUUCACAGAGUUUAACGACAUCCAGUUGAAAUUAUUUGACGUAGACUCCACCUUGUGUCCCGAAGAAUUUGAUAAACUCGUCGCCAAAUUGGACCCUCAAAGUAGAAUUCUACUAUGCGAAAAAAUCAAAUUGAUUUAUGGUUUCAACAGCUUGACCUCCUUCAUCAUCAGACUGAUUAACAUCUUGAACUUCAGUACCUUUUUCUCCAUCUUCGACAUUACCUCUAACAUUAAAUUAUAUGGUUUCUACAGUUUGACCUACAUGAAUCCCGUAGAAAUCUUGGUCAAGCAAAUUAGAAAUGAUUUGUUCAUUGUCAAAUCUUUCAAAGAAUUCACCAUUCAAGAAAUGAAAAAGGAGCAUGAUUUCCAUCUACCUUACAAGGAGUUCAAAAGAUUGAACUUGAAUGACGGGAAUUUGGUCGUGGUGAAAAUCUUAUUCAAAAAUGAACAAAAACCAAUAGACCUCUCUCUAAUCAAACCUUUGUUACCUAAAAUCAAGAUGUUGCAUUUAUCUCUUGAAAAUGAGUCGAAGUUAAAACCUUUCAAUGAUCUGAUUGAUAAAUAUGGUACUUCUCUACGUUACUUGAAAUUCGGUGUUAACAGAGGAACUUUCAAAAAGAUCCCAAAUAAAAACAACAUAGAUGUAAUGAAGUUGGUCAACAUUGACAACUUAAAUUUUAUCAAUGACCUCAAAGACUGUUCAUCCCUUGAUGUAUUCUUUGACAACUGGGAGUUGAGAAAAAAUUGCGAUAUUAAAUUUCAAGAGAAUUUCAUCAUCAAAUUUGAAAUCAUGCAAAGAAUUGAGCAUUUGAAAGUGUUGAACAUUUUCCAUACUUACAUCGAUUCGAAGGAUUUAAACAAAUUGAAAUAUUUUCCUAAUUUAACACAUUCCAAGAUCAGUUACGUCAUACUAGAUAACGAUGGUUUCGAUAUGAGUGAGUGUAAAAAUUUACAAGAGUUGAAGAUUCAUUUCACAUAUCAAAAGUCAAUAGAAGACAUCUCUUUCAACGAUGACGAUAAUGAUAAUGCCGUGAACUAUGCUGAAAAUAUCCAUUGGCCUGCAAACUUAAAAAAAUUGUCCAUUACCAUCCACAAUAUAAAGAAUCUGAUCCAAAAUUUUAGUAUAAGAUUGAACAUUUUAAGAAAGAUUGCCAAGCCUUUGCCUCCAUCAAUCAUUGACUUGUGUAUUGAUAUCAGUUAUGAUACUGGUGGCUCUGGCCCAGAAUUGUAUUCCAUUUCAAGGGAUGAUAUUCUCAAAAUUUCUGGUUUGAUCAACAAAAUAUUGACCAACAAUUUGGAAAAUUUGAAGUUGAAGGGUAUAUCCAGAUAUAAUUACAAAAUUGGUAAACCUUUGAUUUUCUCUGCAAUCAAUUUCCCGACUUCUUUGAAAUUACUUUCUUUGAAUGAUUUCAUCUUAGAUUAUAAUUUCAUCAAUCUUCCAAAUUUGAAAAAGCUAUAUUUUGAGCAUUCCCUGUUUGAUUCAGACUUCAAACUGCCAGUUUCAGAUGAGAUUUUGAUUGAGAAGUGUACAUUCAAAGAUCUUUCUUUCAUUCCUUCCAGUAGUAGUAAGAUUGAAUUCAAAAUGUGCACAUUUAGGAAAGUUCCAAGCUACAAUGGUGAUGUCACCAACGUCGUUAUUAACAAUUGCAGAAUCAUGGAACAGCCAACCAAUAACGUUUUCCAAUUUCAGCAGCAACUGCAAAUGAAUACUCAGAGAAACAACAACAAUCAUAAUGGCAAUUCCAGCGCUAACGGAAAUAACAACAACAAUGGUAAUGCUGGUUCAAGAAAAUCCAAUUUCUCCAAUGUUGGGCAUAACAAUCAUAAUCAAAACAAACAUCGCAAGCAGCAAAUGGAUCAGAACCAAUCCAGUAUGGAUGAUCUUCAAAAUCAUAACAUCACCAAUGCUUCACCACAGAUUCUUCCACAGCGUUCACAAACUCUACCAUUUAGCUCAUCAUCUGCUAAUUCGUUAUCGAUGAUAAAUGAAUACUCCAACAACAUGUAUCAAAAUCCAGGUACUCCUCAAUACUCUUUUGCUAAUUUUACUGGAGGUUCGUUGAACCAAAUUCCUGGUUUACAAUCCUUUUCUAUUCCGAAGCAACAAACUUUUGAUUAUGGAAGCGCAAACUCAUUGAACAGAAAUUCUACUGAUGUUGUCAACUUAUUAAACAAAGAUCUAGAAUUUCAGCUAGGUGGUUUGUCUUUGAAUUCCUCCCAGUAUUUAAAUGGCUUUGCAAACUCUACCGGGACUCAUACUCCUAGUUCUAAUGGUUUCAAUAAUCGUAUUCCAAGUCCUCAACCAUUGAAUGUCUCUAUCUCCUCUCCCCCGGUUUCAUCUUCUGAAUCAAUGGGCUCCAACUCUCACACUGGAGGGCACCUUCCAAAACGUUCCAAUUCAUUCCAACAGCAUUCCCAAUCGCAACAUCAACAACACCAACAACAACAGCAGCAGCAGCAACAACAACAACAACAACAACACCAACAACACCAACAACACCAACAACAACAUCAGCAGCUGCAACAACAUCAACAACAACAACAUCAGCAGCAGCAGCAGCAACAACAACAGCAGCAACAACAACAACAAAAUUUUGGAAUGUCUAAUAUGAUGAAUCAAUUUAGCAAGUCAAUGAUGAGUCCAUCUAUGGGCUCUUUCAAUUGUGAUAUUGAUUCAGAGCUUGCUCGUUCUGGUCUUGGCAAUUUAUAUGAUAACCAAAACGGGGUUUCCUCACCAGGUACGAAUAGUUAUGGGUAUUACAACCAUACGUUGACUAAUAAUAACAUGUCGGGCUUUUCUAUGAUGUCCAACGGAAUGAAUAACAGUGACAACGGUAAUAGCAAUAGCAAUAACAACACGGGUGGUAGUAACAGCAUACAGCAUACUUCCCAGGCAGAUGAGGAGCAAUAUAUAAUGUCCCCAUCACCGAGUAACAUGAGUGAGUCCAGAAUGAGCAUGAGUGGAGGAAGUGCAUCCAUGUUAAUGUCUCAACAUCGCCAACCUUCACUGCAACAACAACAGCAGCAGCAGCAGCAGCAACAGUUCAUAGGUUCUCGUCCUGCUACACAAUACUUCAAUCCUAACCAACACUUGAUGAAUCCUGUUCUUGGAGCCAUGAACAGUGGUGGUAACAGUACCAACAGCAUAUCCAGCUUGGGAGUCUUUAGUGGAUUACCAAUGAACUCUACAUCAUCUCAGAGAAAUUCAUUCAUUGACAAUGAGGGUGCAAGUAAUCAUAGCAUGGAUGUCAGUGGGACCCAUCUUUCAAACUGAUCAAUAAACAGUUAUGUUAGUCGUUGACCCCUUUUGUCACAUCUUUUUCUUUUCUUUUCUUUUCUUUUCUUUUCUUUUCUUUUUUCUUCUUCAUUCUACUUCAUUCUUCUAUUUCAUUUUUCAUUUAAUCAUCUUAAACUACAUUAUUCAUAAUU